GAAUAGAUAGAGCGAAGGCGUGCACGCUUAUCGAGUGCUAGUAAAAGUUAUUUGAAACAAAUUCUAACUUCUUCAAAAACCUAAAAUUUUGUAAAAAUAAUCAUUACAAUUGUUAAUAAAAUGCAAAUGGAUUUUGAUGCUGUUUUAGAGAAGUGCGGCAGUUUCGGACGUUUUCAAUACAUUGUACUAUUAUGUUUCGGAAUUGUGAAUAUUCUUUCGUCGAUGCAUUAUUAUUCGCAGAUCCUGAUUACUUUUACACCGGAGCAUUGGUGCUAUCACGAGAAGUUGGCCAAUGCUAGUUUUGAUGAAAUUCGCGCGAUUUACUCCCAAACUCAGAGUCCACACUGCACACUUCUCGACGAUAUAGUCGACGGCAAGCCAGUUGUAGCUGAAGUGGGACAAUGCCAGCAGUGGAUCUAUGAAUAUGAGAGAGGAUAUCGAACCAUCACCACAGAACUCAAUUGGGUAUGUGAUGACGCCUUCCAGUCGGCGGUCGGUCAAUCGCUGUACUUUGUGGGUUCCGUUACAGGAACAAUGUUUUUCGGUUUCUUAGCCGACAAAGUCGGACGUCUACCUGCAAUGCUCUGCUCAACUUUGAGUGGCGCUUUGGGUGAUUUCCUUACAAGCUUUGCCAAUAAUUUGCCAACAUUUGCGCUCUUCCGUUUCGUUUCCGGCCUAUCCACAGAUACGCUGUUCUACCUCAUGUACAUAAUGGUUUUUGAAUAUUUGAGUCCACAGAAACGCACACUCGGCCUAAACUUGAUAACCGGCGUAUUCUAUUUUACCGGCUUGGUAUUCACACCAUGGUUUGCACUUUGGUCCGGUUCAUGGCGCCUCUACCUGUACAUCGCUUCUGUGCCUGCGCUGAUUGUAUUAGUUUUUCCAUUUUUGAUUUGUGAGAGUGCACAGUGGCUGAUUACAACACAACGUUAUGAACGCGCCGUCAAAUGUCUAAAACGUGUUGCCAAAAUAAACAAACGCGAAGUGAAAGACGAAGUAUUCGAAGAGUUCGUAGCAUAUUAUCAGAAGAAGGCGGGCGACGAGCGCAAACUCGUUGCCACGAAAGACACUUUCUGGGGCAUGUUCCGUACACCACGUCUACGUAAAUUCACCAUUAUAAUGGUGCUGAAAGACAUGAUCAUCUCACUCGCACUCGAUGUGAUCAGUAGGAAUAUGGAAGGUAUGGGCAUUUCACCGUUUGUACUUUUCUCAGCUACUUCGGUGGUGUAUAUUUUUAGCGGUUGUAGCCUUAUUCUGCUACAGAAUCGCAUCGGUCGUAAGGGCAUGGCUUUCAGCACGCUACUACUCAGCGCCGUAAUUGUUGCCACUACUGGAUUUCUGAUUAUCGCACUUGAUACCGAGCAGCAUGCGAUCACUCUCGCUAUUAUGGUCGGUCUCGGUCGUUAUGGUGUUGUGGUGAGCUAUGAGGCGGAAGCGCAGUAUGCCUCCGAAUUUAUACCAACCUCGGUGCGUGGUCGCGCAAUGGCGAAUAUACAUGUUGCCGGCUUCGGUUUCACCAGCCUUAGCUCUUAUGUAAUAUAUUUGGGCCACUUUUUCAAACCACUGCCGUCCAUUUGUAUCUCGAUUUUAUUAUUGUUGGGUGCGAUAUUAUGCUUGGCGUUGCCAGAGACUCUAAAUCAAAAAUUGCCACAGACCUUGAAAGAUGGCGAGGAGUUUGCGCGACACCAACGCUGGUACUACUUCCCAUGCUUCGACAGAAAGCAGCAGCAGCAAAAAGAAGCUGAAAUUAGCAACUGAUAGCAGAUCUGUUCAAGUGUGUAUGUGUGUUAAAUAUUUUAUUAGACGAAAAUGGAAUUUUACAAAGCAAUACUAAAUUUUAAAUUUACCCAC